UCACUAAAAAAAUGUUUUUGAAUACAGUAUGUUUCAUUGUGUUUUUAACUGUUUUUAAAAUACAUUUUUCUAAAUCAAAUGAUGCUACUAGCGCAGUGUCAUUUGAAAGACUAGAAAUGCAAAUAAAAAAAGAUAAACCGUCUCAUGAAAGUGAAUGGGUAGAAGAAUGUAAGUGUGUUAUGAUAUCUGAAUGUAUAUCCGAUGAAAAUGAUGCAUCAAUAGAUAUUAGAAUAAUCACAAAACCAGAUAAAUGUCCACCUGGAAAAGUGUAUUGUUGUUCUGAUCCAUCAUUUGAAAACCCAGUAAUAACGUGUGGUAAUGUAAAAUCACAGGACAUUGAUGGGAUCAAAAUUCAUCCGGAUCAGGCUAAAUUCGGAGAAUUUCCAUGGCAAGCUUUAAUUUUGACAGAUGGAAAUUCAUUCGUCUCAAAUGGAGCUUUGAUAGACAAUAAACAUAUACUAUCUACUGCUCACUUCUUGGCUAGUUUUUCAAAGAAUUUCAGUGCGCUGAAAGUGCGGUUAGGCGAUUGGGACAUCUACAGAGACGUAGAGCCCCGGCCGCACGUCGAAAGGCCCGUGACCAGCAUUGUGAUUCACCCCGAGUAUUCACCGUCCAACAUGCACAACGACAUCGCGGUGAUCACAUUGUCGGGCGCCCCGGUACCGGUCACCGACCACGUGAGUCCGGUUUGUUUGCCAAUGAGACCGCCGCCUGACGCCGUGUCUCCGCGCCACCGAUGGACCGGUUGUAAGGUGUCCGGAUGGGGUGCGGAGAGCUUCGAUCUGCCGCGGUACCCGGGCGUGCUCAAGAAGGUAUCGGUGCCGCUUUGGGAUCGCCAACGGUGCGUCGAGAGUCUAAGAACCACGAGACUCGGUACUGCAUUCAAGUUACACUCAGGAUUCUUGUGUGCAGGCGGCGAGGAGAACGAAGAUGCGUGCAAGGGUGAUGGAGGUUCACCUUUAGUGUGUGAACAUGAUUCUAUUUCACAUCUUAUUGGACUAGUAUCUUGGGGAAUUGGAUGCGGAACUCCAUCAAUACCUGGCGUUUACAUUGACGUUAGCACUUAUAUUACUUGGAUUGAAAACCAAUUAUAAAAUAGACACAUUUUACUUUUUUUAAGUAUAUUUUAUUAUUUUAAUUAAUCUUGUAUAAGUAAGUAUAUAUAACCUAACUAUUACUUUGUGGGAAAACGUAUAAUUUUUUUAUAGAAUUUAAAAUUCG